AUGGGUCGCUUACGGCUUGGAUAUACAAAAUCGCGUAACGGUUGCAAGAGGUGCAAACAAAGGCGCGUUAAGUGCGAUGAGAACCGCAACGGGUGUUCAGCGUGUAAACGCCAUGGGCUUCUCGAGUCGUGCAGUCUCAUCUCCGGUCACACAAACGGCGACUUGACCACGACUUCACGUGCACCCCCCUUACAGACCCCGCCAGCACAAGCCCGAAGAUUACCCAUCAGCAAGAGGACCAAACCGCGUCCACCAGCACAAGAUGGAUCACUCCCGCCAACCGGAGAGCCAGACGCCGGCGUGGUUGUGGUACCCUCCCCAGCGGACAUCCCGGAACACGACCCCUUUCCGUACUUCAACAAGUUCCUCUCCGGCCAGCCCCAGGAAGACGUGAACUGGGUGUUGGACAUGGAGCUGAUGCACCACUUCAUCACAUCAACCUUCAGGACAAUCUCCAUAUCCUCGGCGGGGGACGAAACGGAUCGUAUCUGGCAGAUCGAGGUGCCCAAGCAGGCUUUUGCCCACAAUGUGUUUCUGCUCCAUCACAUCCUGGCGCUGUCCAGCUACCACUUGGCCUACCUGCAACCCGAGAGGCGGCAGAUGUACUCCCUCCGGGCCUCGCAUCACCAGAGCCUCGGCGUCCGGGGCAUGCGCAUCGCGUUGGGGAGUAUAACACCCGACAAUUGCCAUGCAUUGUUUAUAUCCGCCAGCGUGCUUUUCCUCUGCGCACUGGCGGCUUCGUCCGGCGCCGAGCCUACCGUCGACGAUUUGAUAGACGUUUUUCUGUUGGUCAAGGGGAUAGGUAGCGUUCUACAAUCCUCAGAUGCUGCGCUGCGGUCUGGACCGUUUUCGAGGCUUUUCUUGCAGCAAGGGCCCGCUGAGCAAGUUAAUGUGACACUUGGCCGUGUAACCUUGGCUCUCGAGGAGUUUGUUGCCGGGCUGGUUGAAUCGGAACUCGGGGCGGGCGUGCGUAGCAUCAUUCAUGCCGAGGCUACUCGACUGAUCGAGACGAUACAAGAGGCAAGGCUUAACACACAAGCCCCAGAAUAUAGGGUUGUGGCAGCGUGGCCUAUACUAAUGUCCGAUGAUUUCUUCCCGCUACUUCGCCAAAAGAACCCCGCGGCACUGGCAUUGCUAUCCUACUACUGCGUCGUGUUCCAUUCUGCGGAGCUUCAGUACUGGUUUAUGAAGGGUUGGCCAAAAAGCGUCGUCCAAGAUAUCUGCAAGACAAUAGCCAGUCCCUGGAAUCAACACUCGGCGUGGGCACAGGGAUGGAUCAAUGCUCAUGCCGUCUGA